AUGAGUCCCCUGACGAGCUGGGCCAUCUUUCUGGUCUUCGCCGCGGGUAUAGCGUGGAAAUGUGGCGUCUUCGACAAGCUGAGUGGCAAGAAGCCCGAACAGAGCGGUACGAGGGGCCGCACCCUCAGUCGAUCGACCGACACAAAGAUGCCUGACUGGGUCCAGUCGGAGUCGAACACCAAGUCGAACACCAAGGCCACAAAGAAGCAGGCCCCUCGCAAGUCGGUCAAGAAGGCCGUUCAGGAGGUCGGCAACAAGGCGGAGGCCACCCUUUCAGGAGUUUCCUCCACCACAGGCGCCGAUGCUGAUGAUGACCUCUCCCCGGACCAGUCUCCAUCGCUCGCCGCCAAGGUCGCGAACGUGAUUCCGAGCGGCAAGGACGUCUCUGACAUGCUGGACCCCAAGAUCGUUCCUGGGGUCUUGAAGAUUGGCGCCUCGGAGAAACCCGCGCGCCCCGCUAAGCCGCAGCAGCAGAAGUCGGAGACCCAGAAACAGACUAAGAAGCAGGCUCAAAACGCGAAGAAGAGGGAAUCCGAAAAGGCUGCCAAGGCUGAGGCUGAAGUCGAGCGCAAGAAGCUCCAAGAGCAGCAGCUUCGCACGGCUCGUCUUGCGCGUGGAGAGGCUCCUGGUACUCGUUAUCAGACCUCUGGGCCAGGCACAAACCAGGCCUCCCCUAACGUCUGGAAUAGUACUGGGACCCCAGCUGCCACCAAGCCUGUUACCGGCCAGCUCCUCGACACCAUCGAUGCCGCAUCCUCCGCCAGUUCGGCUACCAACGGCACUGCACCGACUCCCGACUCUACCUCAUAUGACAACUUUCCCUCAGAGGAAGAUCAGAUCGCGGCAGCUUUGGCCGAUUCCGCCUGGACUGAGGUCCCUAAGGGCAAGAAGAAGAAGACGACCAAGGCUGAGGUGGCUGUUGGAGAUGGCAGCGACUCGGGCAUCGGCUACGAGGCCCCUGCGCCGGUCAAGGCGACCCCCGCUCCAGCUCCGAAGAAGGAAAACAAGAAAGAGGUGAAGCCUGCCUCUCGUUAUGAGGUGCUUUCGGCACCCGUUCCGGGGUUCAGCGACCCUCGGGACUCUGACUGGCCUGUCGUAUGA